CGAUCUCUAUCAGACUAGACUACCAUCACCACCGACGCGCACUGUGUUGCUGCUCACCUACUGCUGUGCAGUACCACUCUGUGCAGUAUCACUCUCUCUACUGCCAGCAUUCAUUCUUUGGACAGAUAGGCCGUCUACCACUCUCUUGGACCAGGCGCAUAACAUUGAAUAACCUCUGUUACCACGAAUCCUUGACGACAUCAACGAAAACAACAUCUAUCGCUCAGACCAAACGACCAUCAUACUGCAAGUAUGAUAAACUUUGUCCUCGCGUCGCUCACUUUGGCGGGCUCCGCUAUGGCCUCUUCAGUUGGCAGCGCGUACGUUGUAAACAAAUGCGACUAUGAAGUCACACUCUGCAACGUCCCGUCUUCUGGAGGUGGGUAUAAUCAGGAGGACAAGACACUUGCUGCCGGAGAGUCUUGGACCCAACCCUGGACUGAGCUUUCCAACGGCAACGGCUGGUCCAUCAAGCUUUCCAAGUCGGCGUCUCUGGAGAACAUCCUCCAGUACGAGUACACCUUCCACAACGACGGUAUCAUCUGGUACGACCUCAGCUGUGUCAACGGCAACCCAUGGGACAAGGACUGGCAGAUCACCGCCUCCGGCGCAGACUGCAGCCCCAAGCAGCAAGCCUACCGAUAUGCCACAGAUGAUGCAUACGGAAUGCAGUCCUGCGAGUCCAGCGCUGACAUUACUGUCACUCUCUGCACCGGUAUUUCCGCUGACCAUGGCAACUCCACCGACGCUGGCUCUUCUCCAGCACCAUCGUACUCCUCUUCGACAUCGGCUCCAACCCCAGUUGCCUACACUGCAAGCCCCAGCUCAUCCCUUGCGCCACUUGGAUAUGGCUCUUGGACUCAUGGCUACGACGCUCAACCCACGCCCACAACCCUCGCCACUUCAGCCUCAUUGACAACUCAGGUGGAGACUUACGAUGGAGGAGCCAUCACUAUCACCGAGGUCGAGACCGCCUGGGUCACCGCCGUGGUAACAGCCUACGAGAACCGGGGAGCUCCAGCACCGAACCGGUUCAGACGUCAUGAGCACCACGCUCACGGCCACCAGCACGAGCAACAAUAACCGCGCAGUUUCGCGCCUUCUUCCUGCACAUCGAUGCAGCAGCUUCAUGGACAACCUUUUUUUUUCUCGCUUCUCUCCUCGCUGGCCGAACGCCUCACUCUCUCGCGUUAGGCCCGGCGACAAAUCUUGUGGACAUGCUUCUUCAUGUUGAUAUACUACUUUAUCCGCCUUUUUUGGGGAAAUGUACCCAAAAAGUGGUCUGGAGACUUUGUUUGUGGGUCUGUUCCUGGCAGACCUUGGAAGCUGUUCAAAUCAAUCAACCACCCCCCGGAAGAGCGCGAGCUGUGCCGCCGCCGCCGACACGAAUUCAAUGAUGGCUACGAUCAAUGACAUAUAGCAAUGGGAUAUACCGGUGGACCUCACUCACAGAUGGCGUCUGUUUGGUUUAGCACAUACAUAGAAUCCCCCCCCCCCCCACUACGUAGAUCUGUUUUGUUAGCAGAUACCCGAAAGCAUCAUUUUCUAUCAUCGG